CAGUGACCCGGAAGCAGAAGUGACUCCCACAGGCUGAGUGCUGGGGAGCUGCAUCGGCGAUCGCAGCGGUAGAAGCAGCAAUUUAUCUGUGUGCAGCCCCAAACUGGGAAGAAGAUGCUAAUUAAAGUGAAGACGCUGACCGGAAAGGAGAUUGAGAUUGACAUUGAACCCACAGACAAGGUGGAGCGAAUCAAGGAGCGUGUGGAGGAGAAAGAGGGAAUCCCCCCACAGCAGCAGCGGCUCAUCUACAGUGGUAAACAGAUGAACGAUGAGAAGACAGCAGCUGAUUACAAGAUACUAGGUGGUUCAGUCCUCCACCUGGUAUUGGCUCUGAGAGGAGGAGGUGGUCUUAGGCAGUGAUGGACGCCCCCCUCCAUUUCACCUCCUUGCCCUGUCGCUCAUUAUGAGGAAUCAUGUAUCCUCUCACACUGUGGGACACCAGAGCCACUGCCCCCUCUCCUGGAUGCCCAGUCUUGUGUGUCUGUUGGUGGGAGACUGUGAGGACCCCAGGAUGCAGUGUUCCUGGCCCAAAGGGCCCUUGCUGGCUAAUGGGUUUUAGUUUGCAGUCCUGUGUGCUUCCCUCUGUUAAUGGCUAUGUCCCUGGUUGUCAAUAAAAUAUUUCCUGGCC